AUGAAAAAGUUUCUUUGGGAAAAUGGCGUGAAAGUUUCCUUCGGAGUACUAGGCAUAAUUUAUUUCCUUUACUUAAAGCGAUUUAUUAUUCAGGAAUGGGGAAUAUACCAAAUGAAAAAAAGGGAUAGAGAUGUCAAUACCAACAAAACUCAAAUCUAUGAAGAUCACGAAAAUGUGAAACAUAUUUUAGACGAGGAGAAAAAUAAAAUACACAAGAGGGUAUUUAACUAUAGAAAAAAGGAUUGA